AUGAAGGCCGGUCCGCUUCUCAUAACAUGGCAUAAUGAUAAUCAGCCCAUCUACUCCGUUCACUUCGACCCCAGGGGAAAGGGUAGAUUGGCGACUGCUGGAAAUGACAACAAUGUCCGGUUAUGGAGCAUUGAAGCUUCAGGAGAAGAGAGGAAGGUUACGUACUUAUCAACGCUGACAAGACACACCCAACCCGUGAAUGUCGUUCGAUUCUGUCCCAAAGGAGAAAUGCUAGCCUCGGCCGGAGACGAUGGCAACGUCCUUCUUUGGGUCCCUUCUGAAUCUGCAAUAACUACCUUGAGUGAAGAGCACGCGGACGAUAAAGAAACAUGGAGGAUAAAGCACAUGUGCAGAACCUCCAGCGGAGCCGAAAUAUAUGACCUAGCAUGGUCACCGGAUGGCCAAUAUUUCAUUACUGGCGGUGUCGACAACACAGCUAGGAUAUUCAAUGCACAUACUGGCGCCAUGAUACGACAAAUAGCAGAACACAACCACUUCGUUCAAGGUGUUGCUUGGGAUCCCCUCAACGAAUUCGUUGCGACCCAGUCCUCAGAUCGAUCAGUACACAUUUAUGCUCUGAAGCUCAAGGAUGGCACACCCACCCUCUCGACACAUGGCAAAUUCAACAAGAUGGAUUUACCUGCUCGACGGAUCUCUUCAAACAGUCCCGCUCCAGUCGAGUUGUCACAUCGUGCAUCGAAUGCCAGUGCCAACAAUCUAUCCAUUGCAUCUCCGGCACCCUCAAAUCCUGGAACGCCUCUGGCAACACCCCUACCUAUGGACCCCCCGAUGAUCACAUCCAGCCGCCGUUCCUCAUUCGGAUCAUCCCCAUCCUUUCGCCGCUCCGCUUCUCCCGCGCCAUCGCUCCCUUUGCCAGCUGUGCGACCAGAGAUCUCGUCGCCCAGUCUCAGCGCAGCCAUGGGCCUGGCUGUGAAGAACACAAAUAUCUACCACAACGAAACGCUGACCUCUUUCUUUCGUCGAUUGUCCUUCUCGCCGGAUGGAAGCUUGCUAUUCACACCUGCCGGUCAUUACAAGCAAGCAUUUCCCGGUGCGGGUGACCCAGUAAAGCCUACCGAGGACAUCUCAAAUACUGUCUACAUCUACACCCGAGCUGGCUUCAACAAACCUCCUAUUGCGCAUCUACCCGGGCAUAAGAAGCCGUCCGUUGCUGUCAAAUGUUCUCCUGUUCUUUAUACCCUCCGCUCAGCCACAAAACCUACCAACCAUAUCACCAUUGACACAUCUUCAGCCAGCGAAGAAAUACCUUUGCUUCCAGAGGCCAUCACGGCUCCAACUCCCACGUCGAUCAUGGAGCCCCCCUCUCUUUCAACUGCAACAUCUGCUCCCGAAUCAAUGUCAGCGCCUUCUCCAAAACCUGCAACUGACACCGAUUCUUCCUCCUCCUCUGUCUUCGCGUUGCCUUAUCGGAUGGUCUACGCUGUAGCUACGCAGGAUGCAGUGUUCGUCUAUGAUACCCAGCAAUUGACUCCCAUCUGCGUGGUGAGCAAUCUACAUUAUGCAACGUUUUCUGACCUGACUUGGUCGAACGACGGAUUAACUCUGCUUAUGUCCUCAACCGAUGGGUAUUGUUCUACAUUGGCCUUUUCACCGGGAGAACUGGGCCAGGUUUACACAGGCCCUCACCCGACAUACAACCACCCUGUUGUCUCGACUUCCAUCCCUCUGCCCACUUCAUCUGCGGGCUCCACUCCAAUGCCGACGCCUACCGCCACAGCCUCUCCCUCGUUAACAAAAGCAUCUCCUGUACAAGGGCCCUUGUCACAUCAGUCUCCAGCUCCAUUUGUCCUUCGUCCUGGUAGCCCAGCCAGGUCCAAUUCCCAAUCAUCUAUCGCCACAAUGGCGUCCAUACAGACAACUAGUCUACAAAACAAUCCAACCCCAACGAUGGGUCAUGUACCACUGGUGACGGCUACUAAUUCAGGUCCACCCGUGGCUAUACCUCCAAUGUCAACACCGCCGCAGACACCAGCAAGUGCGCAUGGCGGACAUCAUUCUGCGACUAGCUCCAUCAGCGGAAGUGUCCUGGGCAAAAGGGACGUCAGUGCAACGAGCGAGAGCGAAAAGGAAGAAAACAAGACGAAGAAGAGAAGAAUAGCACCUACACUUGUUGGGCCGUCGGGCUCAUCGGAGGCUUCAAAGGAAGAUGGGAAACCCUGA